AUGAAACAAAAAAUACAAGAUAAAUACCGUUAUUGUAGUACAUGCCAAAAAGUAUUAUUAGAUCAUGUUGUUGAAGGAUAUGAAUAUGAUUAUUGGUUAAAAGAUCCAAUAUCAGGUAAUCGAUCUGGUUCAACUCUAUUUGGUUAUAAUGAAUUUAUUAUUACUGGUAUUUAUUCAAUAAAAAUUGAAAAAAGUGCAAAAUACUUAAUUGUUGCUCGACGUGAUGGUCAUGUAACAUUAUUUAAAUUCACAAGAUCAAAAUUAAGUAAAGCUGAUGAAGGCUUAGGAAAUUUAUCAUGUUUAAAAUACUGA